UUAACGCUGCUAGUAAGUAAAACAGAAGAUGGAAGCAGCUUUAAUGUCCCAGCCGACCAGAGACUGUAACACAGGAACUGUGUCGUGACAGUAGUGUUUUGGCGACGCCCCCUGGUCAGCUGAUUGGCAGGUGAACAGUCCCUCCAGUGGCCAUGAAGGAGGCCGACUCCGUGCUGAGCACUUCUCCAUGGAAACCAACAUCAACAGUUGGGGGGACGUUGUCGUCUGCAGCCGACAGUGGACACCACAAACAAGAGUGUAGGUUACAGUAUCAGGAUGACAUCUGGGCAGAUGGGGCAGUCGGAGGCUGCGCUGGUCCCACUGUUUCUAGGCAAAGUAAGCUGCAACACCACUUUUGUGCUGGACUGCUCAGAGGGCACCAGGUCUGUCCUGGGGUCAGUGAAACGCCUGCUGAUCCAGACGCUGCUGACUAAAGCUUCACGCAGGGACUCGCUCUUCAACAUCAUGACGUUCUCAAACACGGUGAACGCCUGGUCCCACCACAUGCUUCCCUGUGCUCCUGACACAGUGUACACAGCUCUGUCCUGGAUUCACUCCAUCAGCUGCAGCGCCGGCAGGGAUCUCCUGGCUGCCCUGAGUCUGGCCCUCACCGACCCGGCCUGUCACGCCGUCCACCUGCUCGCUGCAGACCAGCCCGACCAGCCGGGGGCCGUGCUGAGCGCCCUGCCGGCCCUGGCGGCCGGGAGGCCUGUGAACACGUUCUACCUGCAGGACUCGGAUGGUCAGCCGGACAUCAACACCAGAGAUUACCUGCGGCGUCUGACUCAGGCCACCAGAGGAAGCUGUUAUGUGGUUGUAGACAGUUCCGAUGGGAAACUGGGGAAGGUGGUUCCUCUGUGUGCUGCUGAGAGCCAAACAUCGGUGCCAAUCAUCUCUCCAGUCUCUCUCAAGUGUUGCUGUCCGUCCACUUCACUCGUGUUUCCACGGCAGCACAACACAUGUACUCCUCCACUCAGGUGCAGUCUGGACAAUCCUGUCCGCCCGGUCACCUCCUGCCUGCUGUCUGGUCGAUCCCUGGGCGGUUCAGAGUUUCCCCUCGGAUCCCGUGUCCUGGCCAGGAGAGAAGUGGAUGGCUUUUAUUACCUGGGCACUGUCACACAGCAGGUUCAGGGCCGCACAGGGGUCUACGUUGUGGAGUUCGACCAUCCAGGGGGUGCUGGUUUGGGGGUCGUCUCCCCCCAGAGGCAGCUGGUUUGCUCCCCGGACAUGGUGAACCACAGCAUCAGACAUCAAGCGCACCGGCUGGUGCCUGGAGAUUCUGUCCUGUCGCCAUGGCAGCCAAAUCUGAGGAGGUACGGGCCGGGGAGAGUGAUGGCCAACGCAGAGCGCGGAGGUUGUUUUGGAGCUAAUGGUGUUACGAGUGUCCGGGUGCUGAUGUGGAACGGCUGUGUGUCUCUGCUUCCUGACCGCCUGGUUUUACCUCUUUCGGCAUCGCACCACGACAGGAUAGUCAGGGAGCUCCCGGUCCCGACGUCAGCCCAGAGUCAUUCUUGCAGCUGGCUUUGCGCUCGCAGCUCCUCCUGGACUCCCCAGCUGUUCUGCACCGACUGCUCGGCCUCGACAUCUCGCUGCUGUGCGGUUAUAAACCGCCGGCCCUGCGCAGUCCCAGCCGGUUGUGGGUCCAGCCUGGGAGGAGUGGAUGGAUCUGAGAGGGCAGAGGGGGAUGAGCAGGUGGAUUUCGGGAAGCGCGACCUUGAGGUGCCCUUUUCCUCCUCCUCAUCUUUUACCGAGGAUGAGAGCACGGCAACGUUUCCUCCUGCGGGGAAGCCGAGGGGUAAACAGCCACAUCGUCCUCCUUGGAGGUACUGGAGGAGAACUGGGCCCGAGCCUCAGCACAGGCAGCCAGGGAGUGCAGUGGUCUGGAGGACCUCACAACCUGCGAGGUUCAGCUUCCCUGUCCCGCAGAUCAGCGCCUCGCCCAAUCACAGCUCUCUGUUUCAGUCACUUCCAGGUGUUAAAGAAAGAGGAGCGAGCCUCAGAGAAGUUUUGGGUAGGACCAACUUCAGACCUCGACCGCCUGCGGGACGGCAGCCUUUUGCACGGAACAAUGCCACUACUGUUUACACAUAAUGUGUCAGUGUACAGAUUAUUGAACUUUGCCAUGUCUGUAAAGAAUAAAUGAAAACAGUGA